CCGCCUUAAUGCAGUGCUCGUCGAUCUCGCCCUCUAGUGCGACUAAUGGACCGCCUUUACAUGCAUUCAGCAAUCAGGGUGAGAUUGCUUCACACACGCGCGGCGGCACAUAACCCAGUCAGACCUUCACUCUCCGCGUUCAUGUGCGCGCUCCUUGUAAAUCUCCAACCUUGUGAAAUCGAAUAGGAAGACACUUGUGGCACAAGAGCGAAGAAGAUCAGUGCGCAUAGGAUGCUGUUUGUGUUCAUCAGAGCUUAAAAAUAUUUAAAUAUAUUAGUAUUUACUUAACGGAUCUCCAAACUUUCAAAAAGACUGACGUGGACAGAUGUGCUAAACCAGUUCUGAAUCACCCGAUCAUCAAGACAAAAGAGAAGAGGAAGACCACUGGAGGAGAAGAGAAAGACAGACGGGCAUUAGAAAGUGAAGGUAGAGUAGAGGAAGAAAGAGAGAGAAAUGAUGGAUCCGUUACCUGUGGAUACAGGAACAGUGGAUGAGUUGGUGGACAUCUGCAUACAGUCCUUUGACAGUGCAGGCACAAUAAAAAAUCCCUCCUUUUUGAAAAUGUUUUUGAUGAUGCAUCCUUGGUACAUUUCUUCUACCGAUCUGUCCAAGAAACUGCUGCUAAAGUCACAGGAGGGCAGCACAGAUGAGAUCAGAGCCCAAAUAUGCCACCUCGUAAAGUACUGGAUUUCCGAAUUUCCAGUAGAGUUUGAUCUGAAUCCUGCUUUGGCUGACCAGAUUAAAGACCUGAGAGAGAACCUGAACACUGGCGGCAAUGAAACACAGAGUCAACUUAUUGAUGUAGAGAGUGUGCCCUCGUACCAAUGGAAACGACAAGUUACCCAGAGAGUUCCCUCUAUGUCAAAAAAGAGAAAAAUGUCUCUUUUGUUUGAUCACCUGGACCCUUGUGAGCUUGCUGAACAUCUGACCUAUCUGGAGUACAAAUCCUUCUGCAAGAUAAUGUUCCAGGAUUACCACAGCUUUGUGAUGCACGGCUGUACAGUAGAUAACCCAAUUCUGGAGAGGUUUAUUACACUCUUUAACAGCGUCUCACAGUGGAUUCAGCUGAUGGUUCUCAGCAAGCCCACUGCACCGCAGAGAGCUGCCGUGAUUGCACACUUCAUACAGGUCGCGCAGAAACUACUACAGUUGCAGAAUUUCAACACGUUGAUGGCGGUGGUCGGGGGUCUCAAUAAUACCUCCAUUUCUAGGCUGAAGGAGACACAGGCACACAUCAACAAUGAAACCAAUAAGAUCUUCAACAGUUUGUUGGACCUGGUGACAUCUUGUGGCAACUACAGUCAAUACCGACGCAGAUUCGCUGAAUGCACUGGGUUUCGUUUCCCAAUCCUGGCCGUUAACCUCAAGGACCUGAUAGCCGUUCAUGUUGCGCUGUCCGACUGGACAGACCCACAAAAGACUCGUGUCAACUUGACCAAAUUUCAGCAACUCUAUGCGAUCCUGCAGGAAUUAGCCCUCGUGCAGAACACUCCCCCGAACAUUGAGGCCAACACAGACUUGCUCAAUCUACUAACAGUGUCACUGGAUCAGUAUCACACAGAAGAGGAGAUUUAUCAGCUCUCAUUACAGAGAGAACCCAGAGCUGCAAAACCUCCGAACUCAACAACUUCCUCCAGUCCAGCUCCUAAAAAACUAUCAAUCUUUGAUGAAUGGGCAGCAUCGGUGAAGCCUAAAGCUAACCCUGUUAUCAUCAGCAAACAUAUCGAGAAGAUGGUGGAUUCAGUGUUCAAGAAUUUUGACACAAACGGUGACGGCUUCAUCUCACGUGAAGAGUUUGAAUGCAUCAGGAAUAACUUUCCAUAUCUCAGCAAGUUUGGAGAACUUGAUAAAAAUCAGGAUGGAAAGAUCAGCAGGGAGGAAAUGAUAGAUUAUUUUAUGAAGGCCAGUUCUUUGCUCAAUUGUAAGAUGGGCUUCGUACACACCUUCAUGGAGACUACAUAUGUGAAACCCACCUUCUGCGAACACUGCACCGGCUUUAUAUGGGGCUUUUAUAAACAAGGAUACAAAUGCAAAGUUUGUGGGGUGAACUGUCAUAAAGCAUGUCAUGGACGUCUGACGAUUGAAUGCCGCAAAAGAACGAAGAGCAUCAGUCAUGAAACACCCCCAUCAUUACAGUCCAGAUCCUACAGCUUUCCUCUGUCCAGUAAUGCUCAAUCAAACCUGCAGAACACAGUCAUCACAGAAGAGGAUGUUGAGGCAGCUGAACAGGGUGUAUUCGACUGUCACCUUUAAACUGUACAGAUUUUCGUGCUGGGGCAAAUUUCUUCCAAUUACAGCCAAUCAGAGAGCUGAUCAGAGUCAGAAAAACAAUCAAAUUUGGGGAUCGACUGUGUUCACCGUCACAUCAUGCCUGACACAUCAUGAGACAUAGACAUGCUGCUAUCUGCUGGACUGAAGCUGCAACUGCUGACCAGAUCAAUCAACUCUUCCUUUUAAAGUCUGAAUGUAAUCUCAAACAUAUCUCAAAAUCUCAAGCAUAUUUGUAGGAUUUAUCGUUAUGGUGUAUAUUUUACCCAGGCUCCUAAAAAAAAAAAAUAGAUGAAAGAUAUGAUGAAAUUUAUCAUCAACUUAAUGAAGAGUAAGUUAUUUCGGUUACCAUGUUCUGAGUUACAGAAAUGAACAUUCACUGAAAUAAUGAGAUCUUCUAACAUCACCAAAGCAGUUCUGGCUGAAUUUCAAUUUCAGUAUCUGGUAUUUGUGUUUAUAUGAUUGCACCUGAAAUAAAGUUGAUAUUAUGCAACCAGUAAUGUUCUUUAAAUCUUUGAAUUUAUUACAAUAAAAUGUGUGAAAAUAUCCCAAUUAAUUUAUCUUAAGAGAGUUAACUGCAAUAAAAGGUAGUCAUAGAUAUUCCAGCUGUAAUUGGUGCAUCAAAAUCUUCAUCAUCCGAUUUGUGUAAGUUGUAAGUUGUCCUAAAUUUUUUUUAAAAAAUUGCAUAAAAAGGCUCUCCUUUGAUACCAUAAACAUUGUGCAAGAACAAGAUUUUGAA